GUGACUUAUUUGUUUUGCUGAACGAAACAAAAAGUGGAAACUUACCGAGCAGACCGAUCGUAGAAAAGUUAGAUAAGUUGAAGCAUGUAAACAAACAAAUCAUUGCCGAUGAAUGAUUAGCAAUGGAAUAAUCGAGUGAAAGGACUUUUGAAAUCUAAAAUUCCUAUUUUUCUAAUUUAAAACUGCAAAAUUUUUGCUUUCUAAGCUCUGAUCUGUGAUUAUUUUUCGUUACGUGCUAGUUAUUGAAUUCAAUUUAUUUAGUUUUUUUCUCUUUUCAAUGUGGUUGAAAAGAUGGCUUUAUUUGAAGACACAUUGGUAGUAUUUAUAACUCAGGUUCUGUUUUUUGCUGGAGGAUGGGUGUUCUUCAUGAAACAACUAUUUCGGGAUUAUGAAGUUCAUCAUGUACUUGUUCAGUUGAUCUUUUCAAUAACAUUCUCUUUAUCUUGUACGAUGUUUGAAUUGAUUAUCUUUGAAAUAUUAGGCGUUCUUCAUUCCAAUUCUAGGUACAUUCACUGGAAGUUAGGUCUUUAUGCCAUUCUUUUUAUGACCAUAGUAGUAUUACCUUUUUACAUAGGAUAUUUUGUUCUUAGCAACAUUAGAUUUAUUCAAAAACAACUUAUUAAGCCAUUGACAGUAGCUUCAUGGCUGGGAUUUAUGUAUUUGUUUUGGAAAAUUGGUGAUCCAUUUCCUAUCUUAAGCCCCAAGCAUGGUAUCUUUUCUAUUGAACAGUGUGUGAGUCGUGUUGGAGUAAUUGGUGUUACUUUGAUGGCUCUCCUUUCUGGAUUUGGUGCUGUUAAUUAUCCUUAUACAUCCAUGACUUAUUUUAUGAAGAAUGUAUCCCCUUCAGAUAUUCAGAUGCAGGAAAAGAAAGUGAUGCAGACUUUAGAUAUGAUCAUAAUGAAGAAGAAAAGAAUAGCCUUGGGAGCCAGGGAGCAGCAACAGCAAACAUCAGGCCUAUGGGGCAUGUUGAAAAGUGUCACUACUGCCAGCACUGGUGAAAAUAUUAGCCAGCUGAAACAGGAUGUCAAAGCCCUGGAAGAGUUGAGCAGACAACUCUUUCUGGAAGCUGUUAAUAUUCAUAAUAUGCAGGAACGUAUUGAGUGGUCCAAAACAUUGAAAGGAAAAUACUUCAAUUGCUUGGGGUAUUUCUUCUCGCUUUACUGUAUGUGGAAAAUUUUUAUAUGUACAUUCAAUAUUCUCUUUGAUAGAGUUGGUAAAGUGGAUCCUGUGACAAGAGGCAUUGAAAUUGCUGUGAACUAUAUGGGAAUCAAUUUUGAUGUAAAAUUUUGGUCACAGUACAUUUCUUUCAUAUUAGUCGGGGUGAUAGUUGUGACAUCUAUUAGGGGUCUUCUUAUUACACUAACAAAGUUUUUUUAUGCUAUAUCCAGUAGCAAAUCAUCAAACAUUAUAGUGUUAGCUCUUGCUCAAAUUAUGGGCAUGUAUUUUGUUUCAUCAGUUCUUCUCAUUCGAAUGAAUAUGCCAUCUGAAUACAGAUCCAUCAUAACAGAAGUACUUGGAGAUCUGCAAUUCAAUUUCUACCACAGGUGGUUCGAUGUCAUAUUCCUAGUGAGUGCUCUUUCCAGUAUCGGGUUCCUCUACUUGGCUCAUAAGCAACUUCCAGAAGCAGACACUAUCUGAAGAGAUUGUAUUUUUUUACGAGAUUAAAUUAUUCCAUUUGGAAA